GCGCCCGCAGGAAGUGAGAAAGAUGGAGGCUGUUGCUGAGGCGGUGGCGCCGGCGGAGAGCGACCGGCUGCCGGCUCUGACCGGCUUGGCUCCCGUGGUUCCCGAAAGGCUCCAGCAGCGGGAAGCGGAGCGGCGGGAGGAGGCGGAGCGGCGGCGGCGGGAGCACGACGCGCAGGCAGUGCAGGAGGAGCAGAGCGAUUUCUUCACCGCCGCCUUCGCCCGCGAGCGGGAAGCCGUCGAGGCUCUGCUGGCGGCGGAGGAGGAGGAGGAAGAGCCGGGCCAGGGCGCUGAGGCCGUGUCUGAGGCGGCCCGGCGGCUGCAGGAGCUGCAGCGGCUGCUGACGGACUCGGUGCGCUUCUUGGCCCCUUACGAGGUGCGGCAGGCGCAGGCGGCGCUGAACCGGCUCCAGGGCGCGCUGUCCGCGCGGCGCCUUCAGCUGCAGCCCAAGAAGCGCUUCGCUUUCAAAAAGGCCCUCAAAAAGGAGCCCGCCGCGGCUCCGCCGAAGCCCUCAGCUACGCCACCGCCCGGGGCGGGCUCUGAGCAGGGCCCCAAGGCGGCGGCGGCCGCUGCUUCUCUACCGGCGGACCCCGGCUGUGGCUUCAGCGCGGCCGAGGGGCAAGAGCUGGAGCUGGGGCCGGCCGAGCUGCUGCAGCAGGACGUGGUGCUGUCCCACCUGCGCCGCUGCCGGGUGCGGCUCCGCGGCAACCCCAACACGCUCUUGGUGCGCGACUGCCAGGCUUGCACGGUGCUCUGCGGGCCCGUGUCGACCUCGGCGCGGGUGGACGGCUGCAGCGGCUGCCUCCUGGCCCUCGCGUGCCAGCAGCUCCGGACGCGCCGCACCACCGACACGAGCUUCUACGUGCAGGUGACCAGCCGAGCAAUGCUAGAGGAAUGCCACGGCGUCCGCUUCGCCCCGUACACGUGGACUUACGCGGGCAUCGACGCCGAUUUCGAGACUUCCCGGCUCGAUAGAAGCAGGGACAACUGGAGCCUGGUGGACGACUUUGACUGGCUAGCCAGGGAUGAGGCUUCUCCGAACUGGAGCGUGAUCCCCGGAAAUAAGAGGGUCACGGACUGGAACUGAUCUGUCACCGUCUCUCCCGUCUCUCCCAGAAGGCCUCGAAGCAGCUGUGAUGUAGGGAAAGCUGACCUCGAGCAGGGAUGGGACUACUAUAGCUGCGUUAGACCUGAUUGCUGCACCUUCCUUGUGUUCUGUGUCUGUUUAAGCCAUGUACGUUUGCCUUGUGCUCUUGCUAAGGGAUGAAAUGUGCUGGUGCUAACUCCUUUUGUUUUGUUAGCUCUCUGGGGUUCCCUCCUGUAUACCACUGCUUCUCCAAACUGGAUUCUGCUGCUGCUUUCUGCCCUCUGGCAAAACUUUGAUGGAGCACCAAAUGGUUGUUUCUGUCCUUUGUGCAGUUUAAAAAUACUAUGGGGUGCUUCACAUUGAAUAUGUUUGAGCCUGUGGGAGGAGGGGGAUAAAAUCUUUCUGGAAGCUAAAUUAAUGUGAGGUAUAAAAAGCUGAGAAGCAGUAUUAGUGAUUGGUGCUAAAUAAGUUUAUUCGGGAGCAAUUAUAAUGAAAUGGCAGUCUAUAUAUAAAUAAAUAACAACUUGGAGAUGCUACAGAUCCAUCCAGGAGGAUUGGAAACAAGUGCCUUCAGCUUGUCGCCUAAUCUUUAAAACCAUUCCGAUUAUGCCUUGCUCCUGGGGCAAACUUUAUAUGGCCUUCCACUCUUACUUCCACUUUUAUUUCUAAUCCAAAGCCAUUACAUCUAAUAUUACCAGUACAGAGAAUUCUACAUAAUCAAACUGCAAAAUAUCACCACAAGGUGAAGGAGAAUAUGUUGAGUGUAAGUUUUAUAUCUUUGUUGAAAAAUAUCACCUAGAGUUUACAGAAACUAUACUUUGAGCAUACAAUUGUUUUUCAUUUCAGUUAUGCUGAAGUAUUUUAAAGCUGUGUGACUAUAAGGCAAGUCUUUUUUUAAACCACAUACAUGCAAACCAAAUAUGUAUACAUGUUUGGUGGGCACAAUCUUGUUAAAGUUAUGCACUUUGAUUUAAGCUGGAGAAAGUUAAGCACUUGCUUAAUUCUUCUGAAGUUAGUGGGCGAUAAAUGUGCUGACAUUUAGCUAGAUUGUGCCAGUAGUUAUCAUGUUUUCUAUUAGAGGUCGUAUAAGAAAAUUUACUUGCACAGAGUUAGCAGAAUUUCACAUUACAUUUUGCAUGUUCCUGUACAAAUGUCAAAUUAAAUGAGAGCAAAUUGUUCCAUUUUUACUGCUUGUUGGAGGCCCUCAAUAUUGUUGGGCUGCCAAGUCUAUAAAAUUAUUGUUACUGUAAAUGAA